ACCUAUAAUUUGUUAUUAAUGUUAUUGCAAAAUGUUCAAACAAAAUCUUCGCUUAUUUAAUUACAAAAUAUGUUGUUGUGUGUCUGAUUUUAUAUAAAAAUAAAUCAAAAAUGUUUGCAUUAGGUUAUCUAUAUUUAAAUUUGUGACUAGGCCAAGAUAAGCAAAACGCAAUUUACUAAAUUUUUAUUUCUAUUACGUUACAAAACCCUCAAUGUACUAUUGUUUUAAUUUUAAAUUUAUCGAUAGAAAUAGAUAAACUAAUACAUCGUCAGUAUUUUAAUUUCGCUCGUGUGCUCGCAAUCAAGUCGUGUAUGCACUUAUUUUCGACUAGGUUUUGCGUAAAUCGAUAAAACCGAAUCGUGCAAUACAACGUGAACUUCAUCUUAGCUACUUCAAGCUUUAAGAACGAUUUUGUAAUUAAGAUUUUGUGUUAAUAUCAACAACAAACAUGGUGCUUUUUGGUUAAAUUUUAACAUGGAUAACGAAAACAAUAGCAUUGUUUAUUUGGACAUACAAAUAGGGAAUGAAAGAGCCGGACGGAUUAUUAUUGAAUUGUUUGAUCAGCUCGUUCCCAAAGCUGCUGCUAAUUUUAAAGCUUUAUGUACCGGGGAGAAAGGAAUUGGAGAAUAUGGGAAAAAAUUACAUUAUAAAGGAAACACGUUUCAUAGGGUUGUUCCCCAAUUUAUGGUACAAGGUGGUGAUAUAAUAAACUGUGAUGGAACGGGAGGUGAGAGUAUUUAUGGACCUUCUUUUGAAGAUGAAAAUUUUACGAUUAUGCAUGACAAUAAAGGUACAGUAGGAAUGGCGAAUCAAGGACCAAACACAAACGGCAGCCAAUUUUAUAUAACAACUGUUCCUUGCCACCAUUUGGAUGGUUUAAAUGUAGCUAUAGGUAGGGUGAAAAAAGGUUUAGGAAUCGUGGAGGAAAUGCAACAACUUCCCAGAGAAAAUGAAGUUCCCUUAAAAAAAUGUAUGAUUGUGGAUUGUGGUGUAAUAAAAAAUGGCGAACCUUUAAAUAUAGAAGAGAAUGAUGGUACUGAAGACGUUUACCCUCCAUAUCCAGAAGAUUGGGAUGUCGAAUCAAAAGAUGUAGAUAAAGAAUAUAAAAACGCGGUGAAUCACAUAAAGAAUUCCGGAAACGCUUAUUAUUACAAAUGUGAUUAUGUCCAUUCAGAAAGAAAAUAUAAAAAAUCUUUAAGGUAUCUCGAAGCGUGGUUAAAACGACAUAAAAAGCAAAAUCAUCCAAAAGUAACCGAAUUAAAAUCGAUUUUAUUAAUAAAUAUAGCUGCAGUUUUAUUAAAGAAAAAAGAAUACAGAGAAACGAUUAAAAUCUGUACGCAAGUUUUAUCUAUCGAUCCAAAAAAUGUUAAAGCUCUGAUGAGGAGAGGCUGUGCUAAGUUGGGAAUAAAAGACUAUAAUGAUGCGAUUAGAGAUUUUCGACAUAUUCUCGCUCUAGACCCAAAAAAUAAAACUGCUCUUGUUAAUUUCCAAGUGGCGAAACAAUGUAUGUUGGAUUAUACCAAGAGGGAACAGGAAUUAUUCUCAAAAAUGUUUUAAAAAAUCCCAAUUUUAUGUUUUAACUUGUAAAUACAAAAUGAAUAUGUACUUUAAAAUCUAGUUUAUUAUAUACCCUAAUUAUAAACAAUAAAAGGUAAAACAAAAAAAAAUAUUUGCAUAUGAA